AUGGCACGCAAGAAGAACAGAAAGCAAAAGAUGUCAGGCAGCGAGGGCACCGAAAAUCCUGUGAACGAUAUGGAAACCACCACCCCUGAGCGUCUCCAAGAAGAGGAUAAUGAGACAAAAGAAUUGCAAGACCCCCAGGAACUCAAUGCUGAGACCGAGACGGAAGAAAUGGGGCCCGAGGAAAAUGGUGGGUAUAAUGAUGGCGAGUCUGCGGCUGAUUCAAAGCAAGACUCGGAGGCCGAAUCUCACGAUGAGUUCAUCGAUGCUUCCGGUGUCACUCUUUCGAGCAACGAGGCCAAAGAUGCCGAUGCUGAGCCUGAACUUGCUCCUGUUCAAGAAAGAGAAGACGAGUUGGAGGAACAUCUGGCUGCCCCCAUUGAAAACGACCAAACUAGUAUUUCCACAGCUAAAUCCGUCACAAUCGAAAAAACAGAUAGUUCGGUUAAAGAUGAUCCACAGAGUUCCGCUUUGAUAGCAGAAGCCGGCAGCUUAUCCUCAGAGGUUCCAACCGAGGAGCCUGCUGCGGAGGAAAAACUGGCUGCUCCAGAGCUUCCUCCUCGUGUGCUUUUGGAACAUGGGCAUCGCGAUGAAGAGCCUGUUGUGAUAGCUUCUGACGACAAUAUUCCACAAGAACAGAACGGGGAGGAGAGACAGAAUUCGGACUAUUCAAUGAAGAAACCUGUUAAGACGCUGCGGAAAUGGUUUGCGUUCAACAUGAAGGGCUCGGAGGAGUCCAACGACAACUUUAACGAAGUUAUGAGCGAGCUUGCCGGCCCACGGCAUCAAAGUUUGGCAUUUUCACGAUACUGGGAGAACGUUGAGGACCUCAAUUCGCAGUCUACCAAAGACCGCGAGCUGCUGAGUCAAGGUGCUAACGGGAUUAAGAGGACCUUCAACGAAAUCAAGACAGGAAUUGAGUACACGAACGACGACGAGCUGGUAAAGAGAAUAGACUGGGAAUUUUGGUCUGAAGUGAUUAAUGAUUAUAGUUCUGUUCUCGAAAACAAAUCAGUGGAGCUAAUUGCCAAUAUCACGAAAGGAAUACCGCGAGAGCUCCGCGGAAUGGUGUGGCAGGUGAUCUGCAAUUCUAAGUCAAUGGAGCUGGAGGAAUUCUUCCGUGCCAACCGCAACUGUGAGAGUCAGUACCAGAAACUGAUCAAAAGAGAUUUGGCAAGAACGAGCUUUGUGACUAAUAGCGCUGUCAGAACGAAGAUCGUCGACCUGUACGAGAUCAUUAAGGUCUACAGCAUAUAUGACAAGGAGGUGGGCUACACUCAGGGAAUGGCAUUUAUCACGGUUCCUUUACUGAUGAACAUGGAAGCCAGUGAGGCAUUCUGCAUGCUGGUGAAACUCAUGAACACAUACGACUUCAAGCAGCUCUUUGUGCCCCAAAUGCCCGGACUUCACUUGAAACUGUACCAAUUUGACAGACUCAUGGAAGACAAGCUGCCUGAGCUGUAUUUACAUUUAAAACGAGAAGGUGUGAGGUCCUCGAUGUAUGCCACCCAAUGGUUUUUGACAGUAUUUGGCUAUAAGUUUCCGUUGGAAAUGGUGUUGCGCAUAUACGAUAUUGUCAUUGCGGAAGGUAUUGAGUCCCUUCUCAAAUUUGCUAUCAAUCUGAUGAUGAAAAACCAGAAACAGCUAUUGGAAUUGAGUUUCGAUGACUUGCUACCAUUUUUGAAAGACAAAUUAUUUUUCUACUACGUUGACAACAGCGGUGACGAUAACGCACCAAGAACGCUUGCAGAUGGCUAUUCAAACAGGGAAAUCUCCAUUGAUACGUACAAACUUGAAGACUUUGUGGCCGACUCAAUGGCCAUCAACAUCCUCCCUGUGAAUCUUAAAAGAUACGAGGCAGAGUUUGUCGAAAUCCACAAGCUUGAAGGAGAGAUGGAGACCGAAAUUUCACAGCUUAAGACAAGAAAUGGCCAGCUUUUGCGAGACAUAAGGAAUAUCGAGGCAGCAUAUGCUACCCUUAAUCGGGAGCACGUAGAGAUCGCCAACGAAAUGGUACAAGGAAAAAUGGAGAUUGCUCAUUUGCAGGACGAAAAUAGGCAACUUCAGGAACAGAUCGACGAACUAACAGAGAGGCUUCGAAGGCUGGAAAACCAAAACGACACGAACGUCGACUUUACUGGCGAGAUUUCUAACAACAUGAAUAUGGAAAUCCAAAAGACUAUGGAAAGAAAUCUCGAGGUUAUGGAGGAAAAUCGGUUGUUGGAGGAACAGCUCGCGUCGGUGACGAAAGAGCUCGCGGACACAAAAGCCGAGAUCAGCGAAGCGAAGGGCAAGUGGUUCAAGAAGGGUGGCUUUUGGUAA